CCGCCCCCCCAGGGUGGCCAGGCGCCCCCGCCCCCCCACUAGGGGCUUUGUCCUCGGGGCGCAGGUAUCCAGCCCCUCCCGACUGCGGGGACUGUCCUGGUUUGUCUCACGUGCUGUCUGCUCACCUUUCCCCCCGUCCGCCUCCUCCCUGCCCAGGGCGGGGCAUUUGCACAAGGCUGCUCGUCUGCAAGCGGCACCUGUAGGGAGCACAGCCCCUCCCUCCUCAUGGGGAUCUGGGCUCGAGUGGGGCUCCUGGGCACCCUGGCCUUCUGCGUGCACCAGAAGCGGGUAGUCGUGGCUGAGCUGCGAAGGGACAAAACUCAGCACAGCAGCACCCGCCACCAGCUGGAGCUGAAGUUGGUCCAGGUCAUAUUUCGGCAUGGAGCUCGCACUCCUUUAAGACCCGUCCCGAAACAAGAGCAGGUGGAGUGGCGCCCAGCUCUGUUAGAAGUCCCCGCUCAAACCCAGUUGGAUUACAUAGUAACUGACCUCUCUGGUGGGCCAAAACCCCACUCUCCCUAUGAAGAUCAAUACAAAAAGACCACCCUGAACGGUGGAGUCAUUGCUGGGCAGCUGACAACAGUGGGGAUGCAGCAGAUGUUUGUCCUGGGGGAAAGACUGAGGCGAAGCUAUGUGGAGAAGAUCAAUUUUCUGUCUCCGGUGUUCAAUCCUUCCGAGGUUUUUGUCCGUUCCACUAAUAUUGUUCGCAACCUGGAAUCCACACGGUGUCUGCUAGCUGGACUGUUCCAGCAACAUAAAGAAGGCCCUAUCACUAUCGUCACUGAUGAAGCAAGCACUGAAAUCCUCUACCCCAAUUACCAGAACUGCCAGCGCCUAAAACACUUGAGCAGGGGUAAAAUGGAAAGUGUCUUGUUGCAGCCAGGCAUCUCUGAUGAUCUGAAGACGAUUCGAGAGGAGAUGGGGAUUGAAAGUGAGAAGUCUGUGGAUUUUUUUCUUCUGCUUGACAACAUUUUUGCUGAGCAGGUACAUGACUUGCCCAGCUGCCCCGUGAUGAAAAAUUUCCUAAAAAUGAUUGAACGUCGGUCUGUCGACUCAGUACUGUACAUCAUGGAACAUAAUUCAAGAGAGGUUCUCCAGAUGAGCGUUGGUCCUCUUCUCUAUGCACUGAAUGAUAAUAUUGUGAAAGCAGUGAAUCCAUCAGCUCCUGCUACAAAAGCCAGAAAGCUCAUACUCUAUGCUGCUCAUGACAUUACUCUCAUCCCUCUGUUGAUGGCACUGGGGACCUUUGACCACAAGUGGCCACCCUAUGCUGCAGAUGUGACAGUGGAACUGUAUCAGCAUCAGCAGUCCAAAGAAUGGUUUGUUCGUCUGUCUUACCAGGGAGAGGAACAAGUGGCAAGAGGAUGUAGAGCUGGUCUCUGCCCCCUGGAGGAAUUUCUAAGUGCUCUAUCCCACUAUGCUGUAAGUCCAGAAGAGUACAGUGUCCUUUGCUCCCAGGUGGAGGAGGAGCAGUAAAUUAAUUCAUAAAUCGUUUUUAAAUAAAACUCCAUUUCCUGCUUAA